AUGGGCUCCCCCGUCAUCGAUGUUGACGUCUGCCCCAAUCCUCGGACCAAGGAGGAGAACCAGGAACGUGCCUUCAUCGCUGCCUCUCGACGUAAAGAUCGCAGCUUAGAUGCCCGCGUCGAAUCCGCCAACCGGGCCUCUAGCCUGCAUAAGCAGCGCACCGGCAAGGCCCUGCUCAUCAGCCGGGACAUCGUCGAACGAGAGGCCAUGUACGAAGAGGUCGACGACCGCUACCAAGAAAAGAUCAAUCGUAUGCUGCACGCCCAGUCGAUGCAACUGCAGAGCGAGUUCAACCGCAAUCUCAUGGCCGCCUUUGCGGUGAACCGCCCGGGUGCUUUGCAUCAGCGCCGGGCCACCAGCUCCCAUCUCAACCCGCGGGCCUCCCUCAACGGCAUCCGCAAAAUGAGCCUCGACCUCUCUGGGCUGCGUGCCUCCGUGUCCGAGGGCAUGCACACCGGGCCGAUGACCAGCCCGCUGGGUGCCCAUCAGACCAGCUACGUGCUGUCUCCCACCUACGACGGGAGCUCUCAGUCGCCGUCGUAUCCCAGCGUCGUCCCCGCUACGUCGGGCCAACUGCCAUCCUACCUCACCCAGACGGCGGGCGGACCCACUUGGCCGGCGCAGCUGGGCGGGCCGCAGCCGAUGCGGUCGCCCUGGACUGCAGGGUUCACGUCGCCGCCGCAGCAGGUCCCGACCACGAUGGGCGAGAUGGGCCCCAUGCCGGUCCGCCAGUUCCGGGACCGCCUUGGCUCGGCGCCAGUCAUCCCCGUUCACACCAUACCCUCUCCAUCUCUCGCAACCCCCACGGCCCCCAGCAACGGUGCUACGGUGCCUCCCACGACGGCGAGUCGCACAGCCCACCCGAUGUACCAGCACACUCGUGUUCGCUCGGAGCCCAGCCAAGCGAUGCGGUCGCAGAGCCUGGCCCAUUUGUCGCAGCACAACUCACCGCAUGGGUUGCCAUUAGAGACGGAGCCCAUCCCGACGCCGGAUUUGUGCCCGACGCCCAGCACGCCGCACUCGCCGACGUCGACGGGGCAGAACCCGGGGCUGUGGGGGUUGGAGCUGAACAAGGAUGAGGGGAUGGGGUACGGGCAAGAGCACCAUAUUGAUCCGGACUUUGAAGAUUUCAGUCGGUUCGCGUUUGGGCUUGGCAGCGGCAGCCAGCUGCCGGAAUCGGAAACAGCGUUUGAUGAAUUUUUUACGAUGGAGGAUUUCCCCGUCAGUGCAUGA